AUGGAAAAAGAACUUUUGGAAAUGGAGAUGCCAGACCUUUCUGCGCUUUAUUCAAACAGUAGCUUGCCGUAUUCCAUCAUAAAUGGCAGUAACGUCACCAACCUCACCAGCAUUAUAUACUACCCUUACUAUCAGCACUCGCUGCCUGUUGCCACUAGCCUGACCCUGGCCUACCUCUUCAUCUUCCUGCUUUGCAUGGUGGGGAAUGCCCUGGUAUGUCUGAUUGUACUGGAGAACCGACGCAUGAGAACAGUCACAAACCUCUUUAUCCUCAACCUUGCCGUGAGCGACCUUCUUGUGGGAGUUUUCUGCAUUCCGACAACCCUGGUGGACAACCUCAUUACAGGUUGGCCGUUCACAAACACAGUCUGCAAGAUGAGUGGGCUGGUGCAGGGUAUGUCAGUAUCUGCCUCCGUGUUCACGCUGGUGGCCAUCGCCGUGGACAGGUUCCGCUGCAUUGUGUACCCCUUCCAACCCAAACUCACCCUGCUGGUUGCCAAGGUGACCAUAGUGAUGAUCUGGAUGCUGGCGGUGGUGAUAAUGUGUCCCUCGGCCGUGAUGUUAACAGUUGAGAGAGUGGAGCAUCAUUAUAUGGUGCACAAUGAAGAUUACAACCACACAAACCCUCUUUUUUCCUGUUUUGAGAAUUGGGCCAACCCACAGAUGAGAAAGGUCUACACCACAGUCUUGUUCGCGCACAUUUACCUUAUUCCCCUCACCCUGAUCACGCUUAUGUACGGGCGAAUCGGGAUCAAACUCUACACCACAUCUGUGAUCACGGGGAACGAUCAGCACGAAGGCGUCCAGCCUCAUGGCUCUCCUCCGAGUCACAGGGCCCAGCACGAGGGCCGUCCCCUCAUCUCGCAAAAGAAGAUUAAGGUGAUAAAGAUGCUGGGUAUCGUGGCACUCUUGUUCACACUGUCCUGGCUGCCUCUGUGGACCCUGAUGCUCCUCACGGACUAUGGAGGUCUGGAUGAUGACAAGUUGGAAUUACUGACCGGCUAUGUUUUUCCUUUCGCUCAUUGGUUGGCGUUCUCAAACUCCAGCGUCAACCCCAUCAUCUACGGAUACUACAAUGAGAACUUCAAGAGGGGCUUCCAGGCGGUGUGGAGGACGCAUUCAUGCUGCUGUGGGAUGUCGGAUGGGAACGCUAUGUGCCGGAAAGCCAACCGAGGAGAGGUACGAGAACCUGCUGUGACUUUUGGCGCGAGGAACAGAGUGUACACCGACGGCGAUCUUAAGAACUCGGGAACCCGUCUGGAGAUGGACCAGAAGAGAGCCGUGCAGCUUUGUAACUCCGUCUGCACCAAUGACACUGUAUCCAACGCAGGAUCUGGAAUAAAAGGAGUUGCAAAUCAAAAAGUCUUUCAGAUGGAGGAACCAGAGAAAAUAAGUCCAGUCAGAGUUGGGAAAAAUCAAGCCUGGGACCAGUAG